AAAAAAAAUCGAGCUGCUGCAGAGCCCCUGAGAGACGGCGGAGUUUGACACGGCGUUCUUGAAUUAUUCUCAGGGGUUUACGGCUCAGAUGUGUUUGUGAGGAAAAUUAGUGAUAUGUUCGGAGUGAGUAAAUUGACCUUCUGGGUCCUGACAGGCCUGGUGUCUGGCACCACCAUCUUCUUUAACGUCUACAUUUUUCUGAUGACUCUGUGGAACAAGACGGCGGGGAAGGAGAGGAGUCCCAGUGACACCAUCAUCAUGGCUCUGGCUGCGGCUGAUUUGACACACCAGUUUGUGUGCUGCACCUGGAUGACCAUGGACGAAAUUGACAGCGACUGCCGGAUUGUGCCGAUAUUCUACUCUGUCCUGAUGGUGAUCCUGUCCAGCUUUAAGUUCAUCAUCAUUUGGGACACUAGUUUUCUGACUUUCUACUACAGUACCAAGCUGGUCAGCACGCCCAACCAGUGCUACACCCAGAUCCAAGCGAGCAUCCUCAAACACGUGACCCUAGCCGUUUUCCUCAUCCCCCUGUUUGGUUUUGCGACCUGCAUUCCGAUAUUUGCAGUUUUUAACUAUGAAAACAUCACUGAGGAGGUAGAUCCUGAGAUGACAUGUGGGUUUCUCCUGCCAAAUUCCACCACCGGCUUGGUCUACGACAUCAUCUACCUGCUGCUCUCUGAUGUGCUGCCUGGCUUGUUGAUGUUGAAGUGCUGCAUUUCCAUCUCCAUCCACCUGGUCAUCCACCUGCGCCACAUGAAAGCCAGCACCAACGGCGCCCACCCUCCGAAGCUCAGCUCCCAGAUGAGGGUGGUCAAGAUGUCUCUGUCCCUGGUGGUGAAUUUCCUGAUCUUCCUCAGUGUCGACCUGUACAUCAACUACCAGGUUGUGGUGAAACACGAUAACUCUAUUGGGGUCACAUUCUUCAUCACGUCUGUCUAUACCACUUUCACAGCCAUGCUCCUCAUCUAUGGCAAACACACAGUUUGGAAAAACAUGGUGAAGGACAUCAACAUGUGCCUGGGUGCAUAUCCAUGCUUUUCCUACAUCCAACUGCCAGAAGAAAAGGCUCCACCAGAAAAAUGAAGAUGCAGAUUUUUUAUCUUCUGAACUUUUCUUAUUUUGUCACUUUACACCAAAACUAGAGUAAAAAUGUGAAGCUAGAGAAAGAUGAAAGGUUUUAAAAUCCAAACAUGCUGCAUUUAUUUCUAUUCUUAUUCUUUUAAUUGAAUAAGCAUAAAUAAAACAGUACAACUUAAUGUCAUUAAAAUAUAAUCUUUAAAUAUAUUCUACUUGACAGCUGUUCUGAGGAAGUCUGUUAGAGAACAUCAGUGAAACACACAAAAGCACAGCAGACUGCUGAAGAUGAAGUAGAUUAGAGAUGAAGAUUAGAGCCAGAGGUCUGGUUGUUUGAUCCACUGACAAUAAGUCUGUUUUAUUUUGGUGCUUGGCAAUUCAGUGAUUGAGAGACUAACAGAAUUAAUUAAAGUCUAUUAUCAA